AUGUCCGAUUACGAGGAUGAAAUGGAUGUAGAUGCCCCUCCUAAGGGUGCGAUCCAGUUCAGCUCCGACAGUACGGCCAAAGGAAAGCGAACAGCUGCAGACCUGCCAGUUGAAGCGCAGGACAACCUACCUUGGGUCGAGAAAUACCGUCCCAAUAGCCUAGACGAUGUCGCCGGUCACCAAGAUAUUCUCGCUACCAUUAACAAAUUCAUCGAGUCAAAUCGAUUACCGCAUCUCCUCCUUUACGGUCCCCCGGGAACUGGAAAAACGUCCACGAUUCUUGCCCUCGCACGACGAAUUUACGGCACCAAAAACAUGCGACAGAUGGUGCUGGAGCUGAAUGCAAGUGAUGACCGAGGCAUUGAUGUCGUGCGAGAACAAAUCAAAACCUUUGCGAGUACCAAGCAGAUCUUCUCCAUAGCACCUCAAACCUCGGGAUCAGGGUUGGGUGCCUUCAAACUGAUUAUCCUCGAUGAGGCAGAUGCGAUGACGGCCACCGCGCAGAUGGCAUUGCGUCGGAUCAUGGAGAAAUAUACCGCCAACACACGGUUCUGCAUCAUAGCCAACUACACGCACAAGCUAUCACCAGCACUGCUAUCACGGUGUACAAGAUUCCGGUUCAGCCCUCUAAAGGAGGCCGAUAUCCGGUCGUUAGUAGACCAGGUCGUUGAGAAGGAGCACGUGCGCAUCCAGCCGGAGGCAGUGGAUAGUCUGGUGAAGCUCAGUAAGGGCGAUAUGCGACGAGCCCUGAACGUGCUCCAAGCAUGCCAUGCAAGCAGCAUACCGCUCCCUCUGCGAAACGAACCCAAGGACCGACCACUGCCCGAGCCAGAAACGAUCACCAACGAGACCAUCUACGACUGCAUUGCCGCACCUCACCCGUCAGAUAUCCGCGAGAUCGUCUCUACGCUUCUAGCCACCAGCGAUGUCACGUCGUGUCUGACGACGCUCAACACGCUCAAGGCCAACAAGGGACUGGCCUUGGCUGAUAUAUUGACAGCACUAGGCGAGCAGCUGCAGAAACUUGAAGUGCCGGCACAGACGAGAGUCACUUGGCUCGAGGGCCUGGCUGAAGUUGAAUGGCGACUGUCCGGCGGUGGCUCGGAAACCCUACAGACGGGCGGACUGGUUGGUGUGGUACGGAAUGGGUGUGAGUUAAUAGGGGAGAAAGGGGUGGCUAUGGAGACAUGA